GCACCCUCAACAGCUCUACACUCAACGAUAACCCUUGUCGCGAGUGAUUGCGACAUCUUCCUUUCCGAGAGCCUGCUACCUUACUUUUUCCUAAACCUUCUCUAAUUGAUUAUCGCCCGAUCACGACUCUUGCAGCUUCUUUGUUCACCCCCAGGUUCUCCAGAUCAUCUUUCAUCAUGGCGGACAGCGAGUUCGCGCCCAAGUUCUCUCCCUUCUUCUCGUUUGCGGGUAUCGCAGCUGCAAUGAUCUUCGGGACGAUGGGAGCCGCAUAUGGAACGGCAAAGGCUGGAAUUGCCAUUUCGGGUGUUGGAACAUUCAGACCGGAUCUGAUCAUGAAGUCUUUGAUUCCUGUGAUUAUGUCCGGUAUCAUUGCGGUGUACGGUCUGGUUGUUGCCGUCGUUAUCCACGGUGAUUUGGAUCGGGACCAUAGUCAGGCUCUGUACACCGGAUUUAUGCAUCUUGGGGCAGGGCUGUCUGUUGGAUUUACCGGGCUAGCCGCUGGAUACGCCAUUGGAAUCAUUGGAGAUGCGGGUGUGCGCGCAUAUAUGCAGCAAUCUCGUGUCUACGUAGGAAUGAUUCUCAUUCUUAUCUUUGCUGAAGUUCUUGGGCUCUACGGCCUGAUUGUUGGUUUGAUUCUCAACUCGAAGUCCAGGGCUUAAUCCUAGUGGCUUGGCACAUUUGGUUGAUUAACAUGCUAGAUGUGAGUUGAACUCACUUCUUCGGAUGUCGAGAUUGUACCAUCAAAUAUCUACCCUUCUAUUGUAUAUCCUGUCAAGGAGCUGGCCGCGAAAACAGAUAGCCUGGGUUAAUUUCGACCAGCUAAGCUUUUAGGCCGAGACUCUGUCAUCAUCCACUCAUGACUGGGGACUAUCAAUGCUAGUACGAGGAAAGAGGCCUCCCGCUGAACCACGGAAUACGGGAUUUGUAUGAUUUUAUAGUCAAGGCGCAGGUAUUGCUCGUAUGCCAUCUAGAUAAACCCCCUUCUCAAAUAUAACGAGAUAUCACCACGUCUGUUUCGGGGUUCAUCAUGGAACGAGGCCGACAGAAUUCAGUUGCGUCGGAGAGUUUCCCUUUUGCC